AUUGUGUGUACUUACCAUGGAAUUUGUUAUUUCAAUUGGAGCCAAAAUAGCUGAGUAUACAGUUGCACCAGUGGGACGCCAGUUGGGUUAUCUGUUUCUGUACACAAGAAAUGUAGAUAACCUCAAAACUCAAGUUCAAAAUUUGAAUGAUGCCCAAAACAGAUUGCAACGCCGUGUUCAGGAUGCCCAAAAUAACUGUCAAGUAAUCGAAGCUGAUGUUACCACAUGGCUGACCACCUUUGGUCAAAUCUCUCAAGAGGCUAACACAUUUCUCAACCAUGGAGACCACGCAAAGGUCGUGUGCUCUUGUGGAUCCCCUCCUCAUUUGCUGAUGCGACACCGUUUAAGUAGGAAAGCAACGAAGAUGUCGAUCCAGGUACACGAGCUCAAAGAGGAAUGCAAAUUCGAUACCAUUGCAUAUCCCCCUCACCUACAUAGUUUGUCUCCAACAAUAACCACAGCAGCAACAACAAUAGAAACAGCAACUGCAACAGCAACAACAACAGCAACAAAAGGGUACGAGAGUUUUGAUUCAAGGAGGGUCAUUCUAGAGGACAUAAUGGCAGCUGUGGGAGAUGCUAAUAGGACGAGGAUAGGGUUGCAUGGAAUGGGCGGAAUUGGCAAAACUAUGCUUGCCAAAGAAAUCGCUAGACGAGCUAAGGAAGAGAAGUUGUUUAGCACGGUGGUUAUCACCACAAUUUCUCAAGCACCAAACAUAAAAGAGAUUCAGCAACAUAUUGCUGAAAUGCUAGGUAUGACAAUUUUCAACCAAAACGAAAGCAUAGACAAAAGAGCACAACUGCUUCAAAUGCGAUUGAAGCAAGACGAAAGCACGAUUUUAUUAAUCCUUGACGAUAUUUGGAAUGAAUUUGAUGUAGAAGCUAUUGGAAUCCACGACGGGUGCAAGAUUCUAGUAACCUCUAGAUAUCGACAAGUUUUACUAGAAUCCAUGCAGAUUCCCGAGAGUAAUGUGUUCUUAAUUGGAGCUUUAGAAUCGAGUGAAGCCAUCAAUUUAUUUAAGAGCAUCAUUGGAGACACUAGAGUAGAUUACAUUAAGGAUUUGGCACUUAAGAUUGUUAAUGAAUGUGGAGGCUUGCCGAUUUCCAUUGCAACAGUGGCACAUGCUUUGAAAUACAAAAAGGAGGAAACUAUAUGGAAGGAUGCAUUACGACGACUGAAGAGUUCAGAUGUGAGUGACAAAGUCUACUCGAGCAUUAAGUUGAGUUACGAUUUUCUUGGAGGUCAUGAGAAGGAGGAGGCGAAACCAUUGUUAUUGCUUUGUGCUUUACAUAAGGAAGAUCAAGAAAUACAAGUGGAAGACCUAAUCAGAUACAGCAUGGGUUGGCGCUUGCUUCAAGGCAUCUACACAGUGAGUGAAGCAAGAAAUAGGGUGAAUUCAUUGGUUGAUACACUGAAAUCUCAUUGUCUGUUGUUGGAUGGUACAAGUACAAGUGAUGAAGUGAAGAUGCACGAUGUCAUUCGAGAUGUUUGCAUAAAAAUUGCAAAGGAAGAUCAUGGGCAUGGGCAUAUGAUGAUGAAUAAUAUUACUAGUGCUGCUAUGUAUGAAGAAUUUGUAUUCCAUGAAAGACAUAAAGCAUCUAAAGCAAUUUCUUUUCUUGACUAUGAUGAUUAUUACAAUCUUCCUCAAAAAUUGGAUUGUCCUAUGCUAGAAUUACUUCUUCUGUCUAGUUGGUCUUAUUUGGAAUCAAUUCCGAAUGACUUUUUUGAACAAACAGGGCAGCUUAAAGUUUUGGGUAUAAAUGGUACAUCCCUGAGAUCAUUACCUUCGUCUUUUCAUUUGCUUCAAAAUCUCCAAUCAUUAUGUCUGUGUAAUUCUUCUCUGGAAGACAUAGCAGUGAUUGGUGAGUUAAAGAAUUUAAAAGCUCUUGAUCUGUCCCAUUCUUCUUUCAUUACGCGGUUGCCAAAAGAAAUAGGAGAAUUGCGGUGCUUGCAAGUGCUAGAUCUACGAAAAUGUGAUAAUUUAAUAGUCAUAGAGGCAAAUGUCAUUUCAAAUUUGAUACGGAUUGAAGAGUUGUAUCUCCCUUAUACAUUUGAAGGAUGGGAUAAGAUUGUUAAUGAAGACGGCAGAAUUAUAAAAAGUGCCAGUCUUACUGAGAUAAAGAGUUUGCAACAAAUCAAAGCUUUACAUUUAUAUGUACCAAGUGAACAUGUUUUGCCAAAGGGUUUGUUUACAAAAAGAUUGGAGAGAUACGGAAUAUCGAUUGGAGGUGGAGAUUUCCCCUUUUACAAAUAUAAAGAAGCUUCCAGCAGGAUGUUACGCCUACAAGUCUCUCAAUUGGAUCAAAUAUAUGGGAGUGGGAGUGGACUGGAUUUGGUGAUGAAAGGAUCCGAAUAUUUAUCAUUAGAUGGAUUGAACUGUGUCAACAAUGUUUUUCAUGACCUCCAUAACGAUGGUUUUCCUAGAUUAAAGGAAUUGAGUUUUGGGAAUAAUGAUGGGUUCCAUUAUAUCAUUAAUUCCACUCAUCAUCAAGCCUUUCCAUCUUUGGAGUCACUAACACUUGAAGAUUUAAGAAGCUUGGAAAGCAUUAUAUGUCAUGGUGGUAAUAAUAAACUCCCAAGAGGGUCCUUCAAUGAAUUGAGAAAGGUGGAAGUGAGGGAUUGUGGAAGAUUAAAGAAUUUGUUCCCUUUGUCUGUUGCCAAACUACUUCAUGAGAUUAAGGUAAGAGGAUGCGAGAUGAUGGAAGAGAUCAUAGUGAUGAGAGAAGAUGAUGAUGAUGAUCACUCUUCCUCUUUGGAAUUACGCUCCUUGCAUUUAAACUCUUUACCAAAGUUGGUCCAAUUCUGUUGCUCCAACCACACGGCACCUGGGGAGUCGGAUCAUUCAAAGCCUUUAUUCAGUGAAACGGUUUGUUUUCCUAACUUGGAAUAUUUGACUAUAAAGAGAAUGAACAUAGAAAUGUUAUGGCCAGAUCAACUUGUGGUAUUAUCAUCAAGCUCUUACAUGCAAAACUUAACAAGCUUGGGUGUGGAAGGGUGCCAUAAUGUAAAGUAUCUAUUCUCUUUCUCUCUUGCCCAAAAGUUUGUAAGCUUAAAGAGUAUAGAAGUCAAAGAUUGUGAGGCAAUGGAAGACAUAAUAAAAGUAGUGAAUCAACCUGGAGAAGAAGAAAGUACUCAUGAUGAUCAUGAUCAGAUGAAAAUGAUUGAUUUGCUCCCUAAAUUACAAUCUCUUGAGCUUUAUGGCCUUUCAGCUCUCCAAAGAAUUUGUGGAUCAGAUUCAUCAUCAUGUAUUGCAUUUCCACUCAUAUCAAACAUACUCAUAGAAGAUUGUCCAAAACUGAAGACAUUAGUUAAGUCUCCCACUGCUACUAUACCAACACAAGCUUCCGUUGACCAUCCUCAACCUCUCUUCAAUGAAAAGGUUUCUUUUCCUAACUUGGAGGCUUUGACUAUGAAGGGAAUGAACAUAGAAAAGUUAUGGCCAGAUCAACUUAUUGUAUCAUCAACUUCUUACAUGCAAAACUUGACAAGCUUAAAUGUGGGAAUGUGCAAUAAUUUAAGGUAUCUAUUCUCAUCCUCUCUUGCUCAAGAGUUUGUAAACCUCAAGAAUAUAAAAGUCAAAAAGUGUGAGGCAAUUGAAGAAAUAAUAGGAGUAGUGGAACUUGGAGAAGAAGAAAGUACUCGUGAUCAGAUGGAAAGGGCUGAUUUGUUCCCUAAAUUAGAAUCUCUUGAGCUUGAUGACCUUUCAUCCCUCCGAAGGUUUUGUAGUGCUGAAAAGACUUCAUUUCCCAACUUAAAUGUGUUGACUGUUUGGAGAUGUAAUAAAAUGAAGUCUCUGUUAUCAUCUCACAUGGCUCGACAACUUGAGAUAUUACAUGUAGGAGAAUGUGAGAAGAUAGAAAAGGUAAUAGUGAGUGAUGAGGAAUAUUCAUCAUUAUCAUUAUCAGGUGGCAGCAUUAUUAAAGCAAUAUUACCAUUUGAAAAACUUGAAUCUAUUCAACUUUGGAGUCUUCCAAACCUUAUAAGGUUUUGUGAAGGAGAUUAUUGUAUUGAAUGUCCAUUGUUGUCUGGAUUGGAAAUCAAGAAGUGUCCUAAACUGAAGGAAUUUAUGGGUGAUAAAAGGGCAUGGUCAUCAUGUACUACUACUAAUAAUAAGGUAAUUCUCCCCAAACUAAGAGCAUUGAGAAGUGAUUGGAGUGAAGGAAUUAAGGAGAUAUUUGAGAUGAGUAGUAAUAAUGAUUCUGUAAUAUUGUUUAACCUUGAUACACUUGAGUUGACCUGCACAUCUCGUGAUGAACCAAUUGGUGUGCCAAAUUUGAAGUUAUUCCUUCACAAAUAUCAUACAAUUCGUACUCUUUUGUUGUGGGGCUCCUUUGUGGAUUUAUGUAGUAUUGGUGAUGGUGAAUUCAUCAACGACAAUGCUACUACCACUCAUUUUACAUCUACACCACCUUCUUCUUCUUUGGAGAGACUACAUAUUUGGAAUGCUGGUAUGGUUGAUAAUGUGUUUGGGGUGGAAUCAUCAUCACAUAAUAAUACUACUAUUCUCUUGUUUCCACAUUUAAAACGUAUAGAUAUUUGGGGAUGUAGGAGAUUACAGAGCUUUGCACCCUCCUUUAUGUCUUUCCCCAACUUGGAAACUCUGAGAGUAGAGAGAUGCCAUUGGCUGAGGUAUUUAUUGUCUUCCUCAACAGCAGCCACUCUUGUACAAUUGGUAGAAAUGGAAAUAAGAGAUUGUGAUGAAAUGAAGGAGAUUAUUAAUAUUGAUAACGGUAAUGAAGAAGAAGACAAGAGUACCCAUCAUCACUCCCUAAUUGUUUUCCAGAAUUUGAAGGUACUAAAGCUUCAGAAUUUACCAAAUCUCCAAAGCUUCUACUCAGGAAAUAAAGUUAUCAUGAGCUUCCCAAAUUUGAAAAUAUUAUCUUUAAAGAAAUGCCCUAAGAUGAGGAGAUUUUCAGAUGGGAUCCUAAAUACCUCUGCAUCAUUAUUGAACACAAUCAAGGUUGAUGAAGAAAUAAUUCCUCUGCUAGAAAGAGAUGUUAAUGCAAACUUGACAAAACUUUUCAAGGAGCAUAAUAAUAAUAAUUUGGGAUUACCACAUUUACUGGCUCAUCAAAAGGAUGGUGAUGGUGAUGAUGAUGAUAUGGUUGAUGAUGAUGUUGAUGAUGAGGAGUUUAUGGGUGAUAAAAGGACAUGGUCAUCAUGUACUAAUAAUAAUAAGGUAAUUUUUCCUAUGCUUAAGACAUUAGAGACAGAUUGGAGUGAAGUAAUUAAGGAAAUAUUUGAGUGA